AUGACGACAGUGGGCGCAAACUCGGCUCUUCUCCAGCUCCCCGACCAUGUAGAGGACAAGGUGCCGCUGCAUGCAGACCACUCGACGGUGAUCAAAUUCGACACGCGUAACGCGGCCGGGUAUCGAACGGCGCUCGAUAAAUUGCGACAGUUCUUAAAGAACGCGCCGUCGGUGGUGGCAGCUCGGUUUGCACAGACGCGUCCGAAGCCUCAGCCGUGCUCCACGGUCCCUUUUAAGAAGGACCCGAUGUUUGUGGGCCGUGAAUCUGUCAUCAGUGCGAUCAAGGAAAGACACAAGGAGAUCGGCCAGACUCAUGAGCGGGUAGCAUUGGUGGGGUUGGCCGGCGUCGGAAAAACGCAGACGGCCAUCGAGUAUUCCCAUCGCCUGCGAGAAUCCACACCGGACACGUGGGUUUUUUGGAUCCACGCAAGUAAUGCGGCGCGGUUAGAACAGGGCUACCAGCAGAUUGCCGCAGUCGCGGAGAUUUCGGGACGGGACGAUCCGAAGAUGAACAUUCUCCAGCUCGUGUGUCAGUGGUUGUGUGAUGCACGCAAUGGGCGCUGGCUGAUGGUGUUGGAUAACGCGGGUGACGAUGGGAUCUUCUUCGGCAGCAGUACAUCCGAUGAACGAGGGCCACUGGUGAGGUUCCUGCCGCAGGCCGCGUAUGGAUCAAUGCUGAUCACAUCGCGAAAUGGACGUGCAGCACGGAACCUGGUGGGGCGAGACGGUCAUGUGAUUGAAGUUCGGCCAAUGAACGAGGAAGAGUCCCUCGCUCUUUUACAGGCAAGGAUUCCGGCACCCCAAUCUGGAGAUUCUGGAGAGCCCGGAGAGGACGAGAAAGCGCUAGUCGAGGCACUGGAAUAUAUUCCACUGGCAAUCACUCAGGCCGGGUCCUAUAUUGCCAACCGGUUGCCCCUGGUCACGGUCGCCGUAUACCUCCGACUUUUCCAGGAGAGUGAGUCGAAGCGGACGCGGCUGCUUCAGAAUGAAGAUUCGGCGGAUCUCCGGCGCGACCCCAGCAUUCGGUAUGCGGUGAUCACAACGUGGCAGAUAUCGUUUGAGCAGAUCCGGCAGGAGCGGCCGGCGGCGGCAGAUCUCCUUGCGUUAAUGAGUAUGGGAAUCCCCGAAGAUCUGGUGCGCGACUCCGAUGAAGAUGAACUGGACUUUCACGAUGAAUUGGCGCCGCUGCUCAGCUAUUCUCUGAUCCGACUGGAGAGGAACGAACGGUUGGUCGACAUGCACCGGCUGGUACAAUUGUCGGUCCGGGCGUGGCUAGACAUGCACCAGCAGCUCCACGGCUGGCAGGCCAAGUCACGAGCGAUUAUGGCACGGGUGUUUCCAGAUGGGAACUACGAGAGCUGGACACAAUGUCGAACGCUCCUUGCGCAUGCCAAGAGCGUGCUGAAGUCUGUGUGUGACAUCGAUGAUGAAGACGUAUUGAAUGCGGCCACGCUCUCAUCUAAUUGUGGGUGGUUUCUAAAUCUUCAAGGAGUUCACACGGAGGCAGAAUCAAUGCAUCGAUGGGGGUUGGCGACACGAGAGAAGGUGCUCGGACGCGAGCAUCCCGACACGCUCACCAGUGUCAGUUAUCUUGGCUUAGUGCUUCGCAGACAAGGGAAAUAUGAAGAGGCGGAAGCGAUGCAUCGACGGGCGCUCGAAGCACGAGAGAAGGUGCUCGGACGCGAGCAUCCCGACACGCUCACCAGUGUCAGCAAUCUUGGCUUGGUGCUUGACAGCCAAGGGAAAUAUGAAGAGGCGGAAGCGAUGCAUCGACGGGCGCUCGAAGCACGAGAGAAGGUGCUCGGACGCGAGCAUCCCGACACGCUCACCAGUGUCAGCAAUCUUGGCUUGGUGCUUGACAGCCAAGGGAAAUAUGAAGAGGCGGAAGCGAUGCAUCGACGGGCGUUAGAAGCGCGAGAGAAGGUGCUUGGCCGCGAGCAUCCUGACACGCUCAUUAGUCUCAGUAAUCUAGGCUCAGUGCUUGACAGCCAACGGAAAUCUGCACACGCGGAAGCGAUGUAUUGA